UAAUGAUCUUCCCAACUGAUUUAGGGACCUUCAGCUGGGACAGGAGAUGCAGCACUAAAGGGCAGCCUGGAAUCUCUUCAGGCAGAAGUGAGCUGUGUGCCAGCACGCCCAGCUGAAUAGAAGAGCAGGAUGUGUUCAGAGCCAGGAGUCUUGGAGCAGAUGCAUACACUGGGACCAAAAAUGGGAGGAAAGGAAAAAGGAUCUGUAAAGGUUCAGCUUUUAACUGGACAUCAGGCAUGAAGCCAGUGAUUUUCCAUGCAAAGUGGCCAAACAUCCCAGAAACAAAAACAGAAAUAGGUACAGAGAUGUCAGCCCCUUUGAUCACAGUCGGAUUAAGCUAAACCAAGGUGACAAUGACUAUAUCAAUGCUAGUUUGAUAAAAAUGGAAGAGGCCCAAAGGAGCUACAUCCUUACCCAGGGACCUUUGCCAAAUACUUGUGGUCACUUCUGGGAGAUGGUUUGGGAACAGAAAAGCCGUGGUGUUGUCAUGUUGAACAGAGUGAUGGAAAAGGGAUCUAUAAAGUGUGCACAGUACUGGCCACGGAAGGAGAAGAAAGAAAUGGUUUUUGAAGAUACAGACUUGAAACUAACAUUGAUAUCUGAAGAUAUAAAAUCCUACUACACAGUACGACAGCUGGAAUUGGAAAACCUGACUACCCAGGAAACUCGAGAGAUUCUGCACUUUCACUACACCACCUGGCCCGACUUUGGUGUCCCGGAGUCGCCGGCGUCGUUCCUGAAUUUCCUGUUCAAGGUGCGGGAGUCGGGCUCGCUGAGCCCCGGGCAUGGCCCGGUCGUGGUGCACUGCAGCGCUGGCAUCGGGAGGUCGGGCACCUUCUGCCUGGUGGACACCUGUCUGCUGCUGAUGGACAAACGGAAAGAUCCUUCCUCCGUGGACGUCAAGCAGGUUCUCCUGGAAAUGAGGAAGUACAGGAUGGGGCUGAUCCAGACUGCAGAUCAGCUCCGGUUCUCCUACUUAGCUGUUAUUGAAGGGGCAAAAUUCAUCAUGGGAGAUGCUUCAGUGCAAGAGCAGUGGAAAGAGCUCUCCAAUGAAGACCUGGAGCCACCCCCUGAGCACACCCCCCCACCUCCCAGGCCCCCGAAGAGAACCUCAGAGCUGCACAACGGGAGGAUGCACGAGCACCCCGAGUUCUCCCCGAGGCAGCAGCAGGCAGCAGAGGAGGAGAGCAGCUGCUCAGUGGGCAGCGUGGAGCCGGCGGCUCCGGACGGCAGAGCCCGCGCGGCUGCACCAGCGAGCACAGACAGCACUAGUCACGACACUGAACCCCGGAGGAGAACUGUUGGUGAGAACCCGCGGCUCUCGCCCCGCAAGGAGGAGUCCGUGAAGGAAAACUCGGAGGAGGAGGAUGAGAACGUGGUGGCGACUUGGAAGCCCUUCCUAGUGAAUAUCUGCAUGUUCACUUUCCUCACAGCAGGAGCUUAUCUCUGCUACAGGGUGUGUUUCCAUUGACCAGUGCCCCGGACUCAGCUCAGCUCCUCGGAGCCCCUCGAGGCAGGGCAGCCUUGGCUCAGAGCAGGUAGAUUUAGGGGGAAAGGCCAGAACUUUGGGUAGGGCUUAAUGAGAGAAUGCACUAGGGUUUUAUCCAGCCCUGUGGUCCCAAGAACAUAAUAUUGUAAUCUCAGGGCCUUGAAAUAUUCAGGAGUAAGCAGAGAAAAUGCCAAAUAGUCUGUUUUCCUUUUUUGUUUUCUUUUUUUUUUUUUUUAAAAAAACUAAAUAAUAGAAUUACAACACAUUGUUGUUUUUAGCCUUUUUUAAAAAGCCAGUUCAUUUUCUUUUGUUUCAGAAAAACUAGGCACAAGUGAAACUUGCUUGUACUCUCCAAGUGUUGUAACCAAAUACAUGACUUACAUUGACAAGUUCCCAAAAAGAGAAAAAGAAACCCACAUACCUGAAGAAUGUAAACUUUUGGAAGGGGAGGUGUGUUUGUGGUUGGUUUUUUGGUUUGUUUUUUGUCUUUUUUUUAAACUUGCUUCAUCUUUAAAGACUGAGUUGUGGGCAGUGCCUGUGGUAUUGAUAUAUUUAAUCUUGGCAUAACUGUUCUUAAAGAGCUGAUUGUUUUACUUGUGUUGAUAGAACCAGGCUUCUGCAUUUGCUCAGGGUAUCCCAACAUGUCCAGCUCUUUGAUUUUUUUUUUUUAUUUUUAUUUCUUUACUAAGUGUAUCUCCUCAUUGACUUUUGUUGCACUCUACUUGCACAUAUGCCUCUUUACAUUGCACCAUCCUUUCUAAAGCUGUUUUUACUUUUAUAUUCUGGGUUGGGAAAGGUCGAGGGGAGGGAGAGAAAACAGGAAGGGAAAUUCAACCAAACCAUGUCCACCAGCAGUGGGGCUGUGCCCGUGGCCCGUGGAAGGAGCAGUCCUUAAAGCUCAGCAUUUGGAAUGUAAAGUGCAGUUUCACUCUGCUCCCCUGGCCCAGCGUGGCCCUGGUGAGGGGCUCUGAGCAGGGAAGGGUUGGGAGAUGAGAGCAGUCCCUGCUGGGGCAGUUCCCCAGGGCAGGAACAGGCCAGCAGGAGCCGUGCUGGGCUCCCAGCAGAGCCCGUGGCUGGGCUGGCAGCGUUGGUGUGCCCUGCUCGCUUGGCAGCAGAGAUGCCAGUCCUGGCUGGGUGCUGCAGGGCUCAGGGGGCAGUGCUGCUGAGGGAGGGCUGGGCAGGACUGGCACUGGAAGGCAGCACUGCACCCAGCACCCAAUGCUGUUCCUCGGGGUAAUGCCAAAUUCUCACUAGUUUAAACAAUAAUAGCAAAGAUUUCUUUGCUCGUGUCGUGGUGCAGAGGACAGGAGCAAACUCACUCCUGGGAGCUGUAGUGAUUGCACUGCCCCAUGACAGCUGAUCUGCAGCAGUGUUACUGAUCUGUUUCAUUUCUAAAGUCUUUCUAGAUUUAUAGCACUUAACCACCCUCAGUGCAGCCCUCGCUGUGCAGGAGCCCAGGGGAGCCCUCCACUCCGUAUUUAUUUUUGCCAAGCUGGCUGUAGGUGUAGCUCUCCCUUCAGUGGGUGAGUAGGUGAAGGGGUGGGUGGGGGUGGGAGUCACUUCUAUUUUGUGUUACGUUAAGCUUGCAUCAAGGGCUUUUCAAGAGUACAAUAAUAAAUCCUCAGGUAGUACUGGGAAUCAAUCCUUUACCUGUGAGACUGUUGGUCAGACCAGUACUUGAAAGGAGGAAUGUUGUAAUCAGUCAAUAUUUAGUUAUAUUAUUGGAAACAGGAAAAAUGAGUAUAGAAAAAUGGUAAUAUAUAAUGGCUCAUCUGUGUAUUUAAGAUACAUUCUGUGAUUGCUUUGUCCCCACUGUUCUCUGCAGCGUGGGCAGGACCCUGCCCUGAGGCACCAUUUGUACCCCUUUGUAUUAAAGUGCAUGUGAAGUCUGCGGUGUCCCAGUGAAACACCACGUGCUUGAAAGGUGACAGAACUUAUAUUCCUGCUUCCUGAUGUGCCCAAAUGAUACUUGCAUGACCUGAUCCUUAGUGGCUGUGGUUCAGAGGGUGUUGCUGAGUCUCUCUGUUCAGCACUGGACUGAUUGGUGUUUAUCAGAGCCCAUGUACUCGCCUAAUCCUUGGCAUGACUUCCCGUGGGAUCCCGUGUGCUCCGUGUGCCGGUGGUAGCAUGUUCCUUUCAGCUGAGUGAGUGUAGUACAGACAUUCCAGAGAGUUCAGGCAGCCUUUCCACACCUCCCCUGGCACUGGGACACCUGGGGAAAGAAACAAACCCAACCACCUCUGGCCACCUUCCCAAGAGGGAGUGUUUUAAAUCUUAGGUAUGGCAGGAAAACAAAGGAUCCUUCCUUUGAAUACAGAGAGUUAUUUAAUUGUGAAUGAUUCUACCCAGACAAAGUUCCUGCAGAUGCCAGAAGAGCUUUGAGCAUCCUCUUCGUGCCUGUUUCUUUCCUGUGUCCCAGGCCUGGCUCUGACCUGUCUGGGGCACGGUGAGAGUGCCCAGAGCCCAGGGAGAUGUGGGCAGGCUGGCAAUCCUGAGCUGUGCCCGUUUUGUUUGCUGUCCUGUACUGUCUGUGGUAGUUGGGGGGUGUAUAUACCGUAGCACAGUGGGGUGUUGGGUAACCUGUUCUUGGAAAUGGACAAACAUCCAUGUUAGACUCGUUAGAAAGUUAGUGAGCUGCUCUGCUAUCUGCCUUAAGCAAAUAUUUACUCAUCAGGUCUUUCUUUUUUACAGAUUGCCAUAGAAUAAACUUUUAUAAAAAAAAAUGUAAAAACUCAAGAAAAAAGCUGAAUGUUUUGGUAUAAUACAGUUUCAGGUAUCUUGUCUUUUGUGUAAACCGCUGCUGGGCCUCCCAGGUUAGAGUACAACUGUACAGUUUUUCAAUCUCCCAUACAAGUUUUCAGUUCUCAUUUUAGUUGUAACAAUAAAACUCUUUUUUUAAAGAAC